UUAAAAAUGGCGGCGAAUAGUGGAGUUGAUAUUUCUAAGUUGUCAGAAGUAUUUCCCUUGACAUGGUCUGUUGACACGAAACACGAUGUCUUUCAGCGAUGGUCACAAGGGUUUUUCUUCAGCGAAGAUGAACCUACAGCUUUGAUUCAGAAUUAUGGUGGGCCAUGUUCGGUGAUUGCAUCUGUACAGGCAUAUUUAGUGAGGCGGUUAAUUUUUAAAAAAUGUAAAAAAGCAGAAAAAGAGGAUUGGCGAACAAUUAAUGACAAAGACAGACAGCAUUUACUAUGUCAAACUCUUAUUGAUAUAUGGGAAUUGGUGACUACAGAAAAUUUCCAUGUGGUUCUUAUGAAAAAUCAUUACAUAAAUGAGGGCAGUGAAAACGAAAGAUUGGAAACAGUUCAAACUAUUGGGGAAUCAUCUACACAAGGCGAAGAGACCUGUGAAUGCACAUGCAAAGAUUAUCAUAGAAACAUAUGUUCUCAAACAGAAUCUCAGACACAAGACGUUUUUCAUUCUGCGUUGAGACAGUUUUCGUGUCGUAAAUCAGAGCAUUUGGAGGACUUUAUCGUAAAGAAUAUUCAUCAGUUUGAAGGCACGUUUGGUGUGUUAUUAUUCCUAUAUUCUAUAUUGUUAAGCAAGGGAAUUGAGAAUAUCAAGUCAGAAAUGGAUGAAACUCUCACUAGUCCCCUUAUCGACCCUGUUCAUGGUCACGGUGGUCAAAGUCUGGUUAAUUUAAUGCUGACUGGAUACGCUGUUUCGCACGUUUGGGACUUGGAACGAGAUAUUGGUGGACUAAUAUUAAAAGGAAUACCGAAACAAUCAAGUAUUGGUUUUCUAUCAUUACUGGAAUCGAUGCGGUAUUGCGAGGUUGGAAAUUUCUUAAAGAGCCCGAAAGAACCAAUAUGGCUGCUGGCCAGCGAGACACAUUUGACUGUCCUGUUCACUAAGGAGAAUGUUGAUGAUAAACGACCUGUCGAUAACGCAAUAAGAAUAUUUAAGACGUAUGAUACUCAAGAAAACGGCUUUAUCGAGAGAGCUAAAUUAAAAGAUGUGUUAGAAGAACUUGAACUUGAGUCAGAUCAAGACUAUGUGAGUUUCAUGGAGUCUUGCCUGGAUCCGGACUCUUCAGGAAUUAUCCUACUUCACACAUUUUUACAAGUGUUUUAUCCCGAAGAGAAAAACAGCGUGUCGGAGCAGUCUGACUUUGCGAAAUGUUUUCCAGUGUAUCAUUACAACGGAUUGGCAAAGUGCUGUAGCAAGGAAGAUAAUAGAAAAAAGGUUGUCUAUUCUGAGGGAGUAUGUACCCUGCUGUCAGGAGAUGUAAUUUGUUUAUCAGAUGGACCAUUUCUAAACUGUUUAAGAACUAAAUGGCCUUAUGUUAUCAUAGACUGGAAAACCGAGCCUAAACCGUCACUUAAUUAAAAGACGUGUUUUGAACAUGUAUAAAUGCGAUGCAUCUUUUUAUUGCCGCGUAUUGUAUACGCGCAAUUCAUAUUUGUCUUUAACUUGGUAUCCAGAUUAGAGCGAAGUACUUACACAAAAAAGUAUUUAAGGUGAUGCGGUACAAAUAAAUGAACUUUUUCUCUUUUUCGUAGAGUAUAUGUACAAUAUAAAAGCUCGUUAAUCUUAUUGUAUUCAGGCAAGUUAUAUUGUCGGAUUAAGAAAGAAGCUGUAGGAAUCUGUGAUUGCCACAUUUACGGAGACCAGGCACUACCGUAAAAUAAAAAUGGCAGUUUGUUAUAAAUACGAUGAGAAAAAAAUGCUAACAAUGUUAGCGAUAUUACUUUAACUUAAAUUGAAAUAAGAUUACUCUAAUUUAUGUAUAAAUAUUUUGCUUGCACAUAGUAGCGGAACAUGAACUUGUAGAAUUAAUUUUAUGAAGAUAUUUAAAGUUA